AUGGAAGAUCGUAACGACGAAGUAGAAAAUUGGGUUCCUCGGGUAGGCAUGGAAUUUGAUUCGGUGGAGGAUGCUUCGAAUUUUUGGCUACAAUAUGGAGAGAAGAUGGGAUUUAAUGUUUGUAAGCACUAUGAGAACAGGAGCAAGGAUGGACAGGUAACUUCUAGGAGAUUUGUUUGUUCAAAAGAGGGUUUCCGUCAACCUGACAAACGAGACCACUUGACAACCAAUUCUCGAGCUGAAAGAAGAACCGGAUGCAAGGUCCGCAUCGGUAUUAUAUUAAUUAGAUCUACAGGUAAAUACCAAGUUCAUGAUUUUGUAUCCGAACACAAUCAUGUACUUCAUCCACCGGAAACCAGCCACUUGUUGUCAUCGCAGAGAAAAAUUUAUGAAAUACAAGCCAUUGAAAUUGAACUUGCGGAUGAUUCUGGAAUUCGUCCUAGAGCAGCUCAUGAGUUCAUCGGUGCUCAUGUGGGUGGUUAUUCCAAUCUUGGCUACACUCAACGAGACCAUAAAAAAUUAUCUACGAAGGAGACAACAGUUUUUGGUGCAGCUCUUUUAUACGAUGAAACAACUGAAUCUUUUAAAUGGUUGUCCGAAACAUUUCUAGGACCCUCAGUUGGAUGCUACUCGUUGAUAUAA